GUUGUGAUAAACUUAUUAAAUAGGUGCUUUGAAUGUUAAUCAUAAGAGAAUAUAGCUGAUAUUAAAGAAAUGGAGAUUUCGUCGAAUUACAACGAAGAGGCCAAUCUGUUGUCAACAGAUUCGAAGUUCAGAUCAUAUGCCUCAAGCAUGGAUAAGGCUCUAAAAGCUUUUGAGGGCAGCGGAGAGUGGGCCGAUUUGAUUAACUCAUUGGCUAAAAUGCAAAAGGUGCUCCAAAGUUACUCAGGAAAAUAUACUAUCAUACCGAGAAAAUCUUUGGUUGCCAAGAGGCUUGCUCAAGUCCUACACCCUGCUUUGCCGUCAGGCGUGCAUCUCAAGGCUCUGGAAAUAUACCAUAUAAUUUUCGAUGUAAUAGGCAGGAAAGGUCUGGGCGAAGAUCUCUUUCUGUACUCGACGGGUGUAUUCCCCUUGCUGGGAUCCUGUUCCAUGUCAGCUAAACCGAAGGUUCUGGAACUGUACGAGAACUUUUAUGUCCCGCUCGGAAACGCUCUACAACCUGCAAUGCCGGCACUUAUUCACGGUGUGCUUCCUGGACUGGAGGAAGGCUCGGAAUAUUUCAACCCCACAUUGAGACUGCUUGAGAAAUUUCGAAGAAAUACGGCAAAUUUCAAUUUCGCAAUCUGGAAGUGCAUUAAGGACAACAGCUCAACUCGAUUUCAAGCACUUACUUUUAUCGUUGAGGUGCAUUCAAAAAGCAAACAGAAUGGAACCAACACUAUUAAAGACUCCGUCUUUAUCGAUUCCGAAAUCAUGAUACACGCCCUGUGUGAAUGUCUACAAGACGCCACCGUACUCGUGCAGCGGAUAGCCUUAGACGCUGUGAUCAGUUUAACUGGACAGGCUAACACUAACCUAAACGUCUCAGAUAAAGACAUCAUUCUUCUCAACUGCUCCGCAUUCAAUGUCCUGCUCCGGAAAGAUCUCUCACUGAAUCGCAGACUGUUCUCGUGGGUGUUUGAUCAAUCUGAUGAUGUAGCCAAUCAAGGCAUCUUCCUCUCCUCUCUCAAUAUGUUCAUCGCUAUAACAGAACAACUGAUUCUCCAAAAUGACAAGAACUUCAACCGGAACUUGAUGCUGCGACCACUCAGGGUCAUGAACACUCUCCUCGAUAGCAAAACAGACAUGAAUGCAUUGCUUAUGGCCGAAGACGGAAGCGUCCUCACCAAUCUCUUCAGAUAUCUUCUCUCACUUACGAGAGCUAUGUUAGGAAUCUCAGCUGACGAGAUGUACAACAGGAUUCUUGGGUCGGGCUCCGGUUCGAGUACACACAAACUCCUAUCAAACAUGUUUCUGGACAACAGGGCGAGCGGAGAUCUAAUAAAGUCUGCGAAUCUUCUGUUCCAAGAAAUCCAGAAGCGAGAACCGGGAGACCUCAUAUGGCAGUUUUUUGCAUGUCAGCUUGAUGUAAUUUGCACUGAUAAAGAGUCGACUCGGCCUCAGUUUGAAGGGGUCAAUCUGCCUGCUAAAAAGAUAACAGUUGCCGAGCUGUGUCAGUUCGUCAGCUUCUUUCUCGACAUCAUUCUUCUCGAGACACACGAAGAUGCAUUCGAAUGUCACAUUCCGACUUUCAUCCUUAAGAUGAUCUCGUGGUUGUGUGCUAAUUGCGACUCCCUGCUUCUGCACGAGAUCAACGACAGUCUGAAGUUGGCCAUGAAACUGAUCGAGUAUGUCCACCCCUCGGCCUGCUAUGUCUCUCUGGGAAAGUUCACAGGCAAUCUGAGCGAGGUCACGUCCAGUCAGUACGUGUCUGGUGUCGACGUAGAAACGAAAGCUUUGUCUUCCAGCAAAUCUUCACUUGCAGCAUCUGAUUUGGAUGAUCUAGUUGAGGCCAAUCGGAAAGGGAAAAAUCUGGGAAAAACUUCUGACAUCGGCGAAACCGAAAUACGAGCGGAGGGCGACACUUCAAGUCCGACUGCUCUCGCUCAGAACGGAAACAUUACAUCAGAGGACGAAGCUGUGAUUGAGAUACCUGAAGGAAAUAAAAUUGACACAAUGAGCGCAAGUGUGAACCGUCAGUCGUCGCCCGCAAAUUCGCCGAACGACUUCGAUAUGAUUGAAAGUCAUAAACAUUCACUGGGCGAAUCGGUGUUCUCAAACUCGAGUGUAGUCGAAGCGUGUAUAAAAUCAAUCAAAAGUUUCUUCGACAAGAUGCUGCGAUCGAAGCUAUUUGAACCCAGUUUCAGUGGGAGUAAAAGUGAAUGCGAAAAUGUAUUGCAAAGAUAUGCGUCUUAUUUGAUGGAGAGGUUUUCAGAUGUUGCCAGUUUUGAGGAUGAAUUGAGAAUAAGAUUGGCUAAAAGUAGAAACUCUGCAUUGGUUUCCAGACAAGUUUUGGCCUCAACCAGUCAAAGUGCAAUGAAUGGCAUAACUAUGAACGGAAUCAGUAUGAAAGGAAGUGUGGAUGAUUUCCUAGCAGUCUUCGAUUUGUCCUGCAAACUACUACAUGCAAUCUGCACUCUGCCUGUUCUUAAGGACAACGAAUCUGCUAAUGUCGAAUUCUCGGAAACAGAGAUUCCUCCGUGGCUCAUGUCGCUCUUCAUUGCCAGUUGUUUCGUGGCUAACUUCUCAAUCCAGGCAAAGGCCACCGACUGUCUGCUACAGCAGCUGGCCCUUUCAUCCGAGCCAGAGAUCGUGUACUCGAGCGACCAGAGAAUCAUCACCUCUAUUUCUCAGCCAGAGCUGCAACUCAUCAAGCGAUCCUAUCGUAUAUACCUUGAAAUCUGUCUGUCGCUGUGGUCGUGGCUAGAGUCGCGUCACUUUCUCUGCCACGAGAGGGCAGUAGAUCUAUGGCUACAACUGCACAGAUGCUGUCCCGAAAGCAUCUCCAACUUGUGUGAAGACGUCAUGGUGCAUUCUAUGGGCAGACCAGCUGUUUGUGGGGGACUGGAGGCCUGCAGACGCUUCUCAGUUGUGUGGCACUUGUCGAGGACUAUAACAAACGUGCAGAACUUAAUUGCAGCUGGACAACCAACUUUCGACAAAUGCUUGCUGGUGAUGCUGGACGGACUCUCCUCUCGCGAGACUUCGCGUAGAUCAAUUACUAAGCAAUGGCUGCUGCACUGCAUAUCGCGAGGAGACAUAGCGCGUAUUCUGGAACCACUAGUGCUCAUUCUUCUCCACCACAAAACCAGCCGUAUUUUACCACAGUCGGUUCUGGUGAAACCCAUCAAACACAGUUCGAACUAUGUUGCGGAAUUCGGCUCCAGGCGGCUGUUUUCGGUCCUUUUGGAACGCCGAAAAGACUCAAUGCUUAAAGUGUCUCAAAGCGCAACGGAUGUCGGCUGGGCCUUAAGGAAAAGCUCCUCCAGUUCAUCGAUGAGCAAUCCCUUUGCUUUUUCGGGUGCAGUAUUCCUAAGCGAGGUGGAACGAGAAAUGAUGAUUGACAGCGAAGAUUUCGAGCAAGUUGACGUCGAGAUGAUUGUGAAGCAGAUUUUGAACCAAGUUGUGGAAGAAGCUAUGUUGCAUUCAGAUGCGAAUCAUCUCGAGGAACCAAGUGAAAGUGUGCAAGUCGACGAGAACUCGAAUACUGUAAAAAUGGAACAACAAGUUAGCAAAAGUGACGAAAACGAGGAAAGCCGCAUCAAGCAAACUGGGAAUCCAAUUCCGACUAUAACGGCACCAAUUGAGAAUUUAACCGCCACCGUCAAGAAUUCGAUAGGCAAAUUAAUCCAUAAAAGUGUUGAAAGCUCAGGGAAAACAAGCUCUCAAGAAGAUGCAGCGGUAGCCGUGAAAAACAUCAAAUCAUCUCCUGCAGUGGUUUCACAUCUCGAUAAUGUGUUUCUGAGUUUCUUCAUGCUCUAUGAUCAGCCUUUCGACUUCAAUAGGAGUCUACACGUUUUCUCUACACUCUCAGAGAUGCUGAAAGUUGACCCUGUUGUCUUUUUGAACGCAGUAUGUUCUACAUGCAUAGGAUGCGGUAACACUUCAUACGUGCAUCAGGUUCCGAAAUUCAUUUUCAGACAUAACAACUCAAUUAUGGGCAAAAACUUCUUCGCAGAUGUUGCUCCAGAACAACUGGCACAGUUCCGCAACUGCAAAUUCGUGGAGCUGCUCAUUUCGCUGAGUCUCUAUCACUUGCGCACAACUUUCACGACAACCUGGGAAGGUCAACAAGCUAGUGAUGAUCGAGCUGAUGUGGAAUCACGGGCUGAAAAUUACGCAAUUCAAAUCAGGGUGACAGAGUUCCUGACUGAGUUGUUCACAGGACUGAACAAGUUGAUAGUGGUAUCGGAGCCUGACGUGAUUCCAACAUUCAUCAAUGAUUUAAUGUCAAGAUGCAAGGUUCAAAGAACCGUGCUUCUUUGUCUAUUGUGUCAUGUGAAAACAGAUAUUUUCACAAACAGUGCGGAAACAAGCUGCGAAGAGGCGCAGUUCCUCGAAGGUGCUCUGGAUCCGAAUGGACUGGAAUUGAAACUACUCGAGCUGGUUUCGGUAUUGAUUCAGACUGAAUACUACGUGUUCGUGACAAAGGGUAAAUCUGAUUUCAAGGGCAAAACAUCGACUUUGUUUAAAGAUGCGACAUCUGUCCAAGUGAAGCAACGGCGCCAGGCUCUCCUAGAUGCUUCGUUUAGAUACAAAACAGAAGAAUUAAUUGUCUGUCAGAGUUUCUUUGUCGAAACAGUGGUGGAUGCUCUGAAACAAACGGAUUUCCUAUUCUUGCAAACUCACUGGCUAAAUUUUGUUCUAACAAUAUUGCCGUUCACUUGCCGAGCAAGGAAGGAUAUCGUGGUUCCAACGGUCAAUCAAAUUUGCAGAAACUUAGAAAUUCUCGCUGACGAUGGCUUGGCGUCUUACCCACGUGUGUCAUCGCUGCCUCCAGAUAUUUUCAUUACUCUUCUUGAAAGUCUCUCGAAAUUCUUCUCGUUAUGUACUUUAGAAUACCCUGAAGUUGGGAAUUCGCAAAAUCAUAGUGUAAGCCUAAUAAAAGAAGGAGUCAACAUUGACCAGCCAGGAUCGCCUCUGAGAGGCUGGUCUCUAGAAGAUACGACCGAAGAGUCCAAGAACUCACCGCCUUGUUUGCAAUCUACGACAGUGAAGAAAGAUUUCUGGCUAGAUGCCAAAAAGGGAUUACUUGACAUUCUACCAAGAGUACUUAAAAGUCUGCUGCAUGUUUGGAAACGAGUUGUGAACAAGAAGUUGUCGGGAGUGAAAACGAAAUCCGAGUCUGGGAAGUUGGGUAGCUAUCAUGGAGCUUUAGCAAGUACAAAAUUUAUUAUGGGUCAACCAGAAAUUGUGAGGAAACGAAUUGUAGAUAUAAUUGAAUCACUGGCUGUCACUCAUUCUUCGAAAUUGUAUGCAGCUGUGGCACUUGUUUGGAACGGACAUCGAGAAAAGAGCAAACUGCGAAAGCUAAAUGAGCAGUUCACUCCUGAUCAGCUCUUAUUAGUCGGGCUGAUAAACUCAAUUCCGUCUCAAAAUCUUUCUACUAUCAUAUCUAACGUCUCGCAAGUCCUGAAAGUCUCAAACCCAAAUGUGCAAAUGAAGAAACGUUCGAUUUUGGAGAUUUCGAUUUUACAGUUCUUCAUGGCGUAUGUGAAAACACUCGCAGCCAAUGCUUUGGAAACAAGCGCAAGAUCUAUUUUGUCGAUGGUGCGAGACUCCUGUGCUAGUACAGCGCACGGUGGUCAAGUUAUUCUUCUGCUGAUUGCGAACUACGUGAUUGAGAAAAUCAUCACCGAGUUGAAAGAUCUGCGCGAAGUUCAAGAUUUGGUUUGGAAAUUGACAGAGUGCCUGACGCUGCUGGCAAGCACAGGAUUGGUCCAAAGUGCCUGGAUCGGAAAGAUAUAUACAGUGAAACCGGGAAUCCAGGUACCUUCGAACGAUACAGACUUGAUCAUCUUGCAGGGGAAUGCGGAAUGGGAGGAGCAAUCAAAUGGCACCUUCGCUACUCAACCAACUUCCUGCAAUUAUGUCCAGGCCAUGGAAGUAAUGGCUCAAAUACUGCCGAACCUACUGGACCUGAUAUACAGAAGCGAAGAAAAAGAUAAAAUCAAUGCGGUCAUUCAAAACGUGUUAGUAGUUUCGACUGCUUUCCUAAAAACGAAAAAUGUGGACAAUAUCCCCAGUCUAAGAGCAGCGUCGCGCCUCACAGCUGAAGUGAGUUAUUUUCACUACACGCGCAAGUCGUGGAAACGAGACAUUUUCGACCUUUUCUUAGAAAAGUCUUUCUUCGAAAUGACGUCAGAAAUGGUAGCAUUGUGGAAAAUAGUUAUUGACAACUUGAUGACUCAUGAUAAAAUAACGUUCAAGGAGUUCUUGGGACAAGGAAAUAUUGCUGGUGUUACUGGGGGUCUUAUUAAGUCGCGGGAGUUUGAACUCGACUUGAAGGCUAAAUUACUUAAAAGAUUGGCAUUUGUCGUGUUUGCGUCAGAAAAAGAUCAGUAUAACAGAAUUCUGCCCGAGCUGCAAGAAAGGGUUUCUGACAUGUUAAAAACCGCUGGAUCCUCUCCAGUAGUUAUGGAGCAAAUAUUUCUGGUGUUUCGAAUAUUUUUGAUCCGUCUUAAUCAAGACUCACUGAUUGCGCUUUGGCCGAUAAUGAUAUCAGAGCUGACUGUUCAAUUGAGGCAGCUCGAGUUUGACCUCAUGGCGGAAGCAGGCAAGCUUAACAUGCCCAACGGGUCUCUAAGUACCUCGAGUGGAGGUCUCACGCAGCAUCAAAUGAAUGAAAAUUGGUUGGAUAUGUACCUGUCAAUGGCAAAGUUCCUGGACACUGCGCUUCUCUUGAGUCGCAUGUCGUUGUCCCAUUUUCAAACAUACCUUUGGGCUUUUGUGGGGAUUUCCAAUCAGGAAUCAUCAUCGUAUCAAAAAUCAAGAGCUCAGGUGACUUCUUUUGUCCCAUACUGUGUACGAAUAGCCCAACUGUUGGAAGCCAGACUUACCAGCAAGCAAUUGGCAAACAAGAUGAUGCCGGCUCAUUUCGGAUACCCUCUUUUACACUUUCAGUAUUACAAACUUACAAAUAUUUCGCAACUGCAGCCCUUCUUUUCGACUAUUUGUUAUCAUACUUUUGAGCAGAAUAACAUCACUUUGCCCUCAGAACAGUCGACAGGAGACAAUGUUCCGAGGUUUUCAGAUGAUCUCAAAGCUAAGUUGAAUUCCUCGGAAGAAUCAAAGAAUUACAUUCAGAACCUGAGAAAGAAGUUACUGCAUGUGAACAACUUGCCACUGAGUCAAGCGAAGGACUCCAGUGAUUUCUUGGAAAAAUUAGUCGAGAGAGAUUUUGCAGAACUGCUUGCAUAAAAUGUGUUUUGAAUGUUAAUUUUCGAAUAAAAUGAAUAUUUCUUUGUUCCACAUAUCUGAAAUUUUAAAGCGCAAUUCCUACGAUAUAAUCAGAUGUAUUCAAAUAUCAUUGUUUCAGUUUAGAUUAGACUAUAAUAGACAAUGUCAGAGCUAUAAAAAUUGUUUUGCUAUAGAAAUGAUGGUUAUGAUUGUGACAAUGAAUUCAACGACUUGUUGUUUGCAAAAUAAUGGUUGGUGGGAUCUCUAGAUUACGAGGACCGUAUGUGAAUUGAACUCUUAUUUGUUUA